AUGAGUCAGCAAACACCACAGGAGAGCGAACAGAUCACAGCGAAAGAACAAGACAUCGAUCAAGAGAGCGUAUUGAGCAACAUUGACUUCAAUACGGAUUUGAACCACAAUUUGAAUUUAUCGGAAUACUGCAUAUCCAGUGACGCAGGAACAGAGAAGAUGGACAGCGACGAGGAGAAGUCGUUGGCCAAUUUACCAGAGUUGAACUAUGCGCCCAAGCUAUCCAGUUUGGUGAAGCAAGAAACUCCCACCGAGAGUUUGAAAAGGCCACACGAAGAUGAGAAAGAGGUGAUAGAUGAAGCCAAGAAGAUCAAAGUGCCGGGGGAGAACGAGGACAAGAGGAAGGAAGAAAGGAAUAGCGAAGAAGUGGAAGAAGUAAUUGAUGGCAAGGAGAAGAGCGCCGAUGCCAGGGACGAGCAAGGGGACGAAGGUGAUAACGAGGAGGAAAACAACGAGGAGGAGAAUGAAAACGAAAACGAGCAUACAGCACCGCCUGCAUUGGUGAUGCCCUCGCCAAUAGAGAUGGAGGAACAGAGAAUGACUGCGUUGAAGGAAAUCACCGACAUCGAGUACAAGUUUGCGCAACUGCGCCAGAAACUAUAUGAUAACCAAUUGGUGCGGUUGCAAACGGAGCUGCAGAUGUGUCUGGAAGGGUCACACCCAGAAUUGCAGGUGUACUACUCGAAGAUUGCCGCAAUCCGCGAUUAUAAGCUACACAGAGCGUAUCAGCGACAGAAAUACGAGCUUUCAUGCAUCAACACAGAGACUAUGGCUACCAGAACCUUUAUCCACCAGGACUUCCACAAGAAGGUCACCGACCUGCGAGCCAGGCUGCUGAACAGAACCACGCAGACUUGGUACGACAUCAACAAGGAACGGCGCGACAUGGACAUCGUCAUCCCAGAUGUCAAUUACCACGUUCCCAUCAAACUUGAUAACAAGACACUGAGCUGCAUCACGGGCUACGCCAGCGCAGCGCAGCUGCGCUACCCUGGCGAGCCCGUGGCAGAGGACCUCGCUUGCGAAAGCAUCGAGUACCGCUACAGAGCCAACCCGGUUGAUAAACUCGAAGUUAUUGUGGACCGAAUGAGGCUCAAUAACGAGAUUAGCGACCUUGAAGGUCUGCGCAAAUACUUCCACUCCUUCCCAGGUGCUCCCGAGUUGAACCCGCUUAGAGACUCCGAAAUCAACGACGACUUCCACCAGUGGGCCCAGUGA